AUGUCGUCUGCAUACUAUACGCCGAGCAACCGCUUGAUUGACCUGUCGCACAUGCCCGAAGAAGAUCGUGACGUGCUCAAUGCAUUGUUGGAACGCAAGCUUGGUCUAGUUCCCAAGAGUUUGCGUCUUACAAACUCCAUCGACGAUAUCGCUCUGAUGAACCCACAAUACCCUUACAAGGAGCACGACCUUUGCGGCUCAGCUUCGCUAUCGUGGCGACGUUUUGAACUACAUCAAAGAGGGCAAGCCUUGAACAAGUGGGAGCCCAAUGUGCUUUUGUCCUACUUCGUCAGCAACGUCGAUGGUCACCGCAGCUUCGAGCUUUACUUCGACCAGACAAAGGCUCGCAUCUUCGACUGCCUUACCGCCUUCUUCGCUAAUACGGCUACAAACAUUCAAAAAGCCUACAUCCUUGCCUGUCUUGAAGCUGCCAAGUUCCCGGAUGCCAAGUUUGAGAAGCAGCCUACCAAAUAUCGCAGCCGUUUCAUUCACAUGUUCCAGGAAGACCCGAGUCAGUUCCGUUACUACAGUCAUCAGAAGCGCAAAGAUAACGUAUCCAAGGCGAUAACGCAUAUGGACACUUCGGCAAAUAUGUGGAACAAGAUGGUAGCAGAGCGCGGCUGGCGCGCCGAAGAGGAUGAACUCAAGACGAUGGAGAUGCUUUGUGCGCUGUGCGGCCACCAUCUUAUGUAUGAUCCGAAGACUUUCACGUUCUCUGGAAUGGGCACAAAGACGAUGAAAGAAAGACCUAAGAGACCCACACGCAAGAGGAGGACCAAGACCAAAUCCAAGGCGGCGGAGCUGAUGGAUGUGGUUCAACAGCCGAGCGCACCCCCUUCAAGCGAUAUCUCAAAGCAGGUCCUGUCAAAGUAUGAAGCGCUGUCACUCAAUUUGUCCCCAUAUGAGGAGCAGAUACGCGCGUCUGCUCCUUUCGAAGGUCUCAUCGCGAGCUUCCCUGGUUGGUAUCCCUACCACCAGGUCCAGAUGAACGAUAUCCAGGUACUUGAAUAUGACUUCUCGGCUUUGCAGAGCGUAGCUCCCAGCGCGGAUAAAGGUGAGGGCCACGACGGGAAUAAAGAGGAGGAGGCUGGUAUGUUUGGACGGCCUAACGAAAAGGGCGAACUGGACUUAUCCGGGCUGAACUUGCGCUCACUCAUCCUCGAUUUGGGCAGGCUGAAUAUUGAAGACGCUCAGGACGAUGAGAUGGAGGAUUCCAUAGCGCACAAGCGCCGGAAGGUUUGA